AUGACACAACCUGCCAGUCCACGCCAGUCGCCCCGCAUGCAACCUGCAAGCCCACGACACUCACCAAGGACACAGCCCACCAGACCAGCGAAACAGGAACCCUCUCCAGAUAAACCAGAACCUCAAAAGAAAGGCUUCGACUUCAUGAGACACCUCCCCCAAGCCUUCGCAACCUACGCCAGUGUAAAUGCUCUUAGCGAACACGCCGACACUGCAAAAGAAUGGGCAGAUUGGUUCAUGAAUCUGCGCAAAACACCCGCCGAAAUCCACGAACUUUCUGCUAAAGUAACAACAGCAAAAGACACCAUCACCCAGAUCCAAAACAGUCUUGAAGCUCGACCUGAUAUCAUCGAUGGCGAUGAUGCUGGACCUAUGAGGAAGCAGAUUGACGAAGCUAUUAAGAAUGCCACAACCGCUUUGGAUGAGAUGACCAAGUUGUUACAGGAGAUCAGUAGCGAUGGCCUUGAAGGAACGGCUUUUAGGAGUUUGGAGGAGUUUUAUAAUUCUUACAAGUAUAAGGAUGAGUGGGAGGAGAAGAUCAAGAUUGCUGAUGCGGAUCUUGAGAAGGAGUUGGGGGCUUUGAGUAAGAUCAUGGUCAACAUUUACUCACGUGCGCUAAGCAAACCUGCGCCGCCUGGUUUGAAUAAUCCUGUGCCGCCGCCUGCACCGGGACAGAAUGCUGAUUCGGGUUAUGCACGACGGCCGAGUGCUGCAACUCGUGGGUCAUCAUCGAGGGUUGCUUCGCCGAUUUUGGAGCCGCCUCCUGUGGGCAAGUAUCGAAAGUCGGUUGAUGAGAAUGCAGAACCGAAGCCUACUGAACUGACCGACGGAGUGAGGAGUGAAGCUGUACCGGAAGUGGUAGUUAACGAGCAGCCGGCAGAGGAAGCAAAGAAGGCAGAUGAUGUGCCGUCUGGCUUUGGAGAAGCUAAUGUUAAAGAGACUACUGACACAAACUCGGAAUCUCCCACAGGCACCAAGCUAAAGGUUGAUAAACCAGCUGAAGUACCACCAGUGCCAGCGGCUGAGCCUGAGACAAAAGUCCCGGAGCCACCAAAGGAAGUACCAACCGGUAUAAAGCCAGCUCAACCAACACCAUCAGUAGCCCAACCUCCAAAGCAACCAUCCCCACCAACGAAGUCCCCUGAAGACACACUCCUAGACGCAGCAUGGAACGGCGACAUCCAAGCCUGCACAAACGCCCUCCGCCACGCCUCCCCAACGACCCGCGACUCCCAUGGCCUAACCCCCCUGCACCUAGCCUGCGAACGCGACCACCUCGCCAUAGCAAUGCUCCUCCACGACACAGGCAUAUCCUCCAACGUCCACGAUCUCCACGAACGUACCCCGCUACAUCUCGCAGCGCGCUACGGCUCUUCUGCUAUCGUAGAAUAUCUACUAGACGACUGCAAAGCUGAUCCCAACGCCAAAACAGAUGAUGGUAGAACACCGUUGCAUUAUGCGGCUGUUGUGGAUGAUGAGGAGAGGAGGGAGGUUGUUAGGUUGUUGAGGGAUUUUGGGGCGGAUCCGACGGUCGAGGAUGGGAGGGGGAGGACGGCGAGGGAUUUGGCGCAGAGGAGGGAUUUGUGGGAUGUUUCGGCGACUUUGAGACGGGCGGAGAAGAGAUGGGAGGAGGAGCAUCAUCAGAAUUGGUUUCAGAGGCAUGGACUUAAGCGAUAG